AUGAGCACCCACGAUGCCGACUUUCUGUUUGUGGACUACCACGACGACAACCCGCAGAACCGCUCCCUCGAGAAGCAGAAGCGCGUCUUUGCGCAGAACACUUAUCAGCGGAAGAAGCGGCUUGCUGCUGCCGAGAGGCUGAAGGCAUCUCUGCCGGUCUUUCGUCAACGGCUUCAGUUCGAAUACAAUCCGGUACCUGGUUCCUCGAAUCCAAACGGGGCCGGAAAAGAUACAGAUGAUGCUUCCAGCCCAGAAGCUGCCGGCGCCAGAGCAGACAGCGCACGGCAUCACCAGUCCCAGUCCAUGCACCUCGCCCAGCUGACAGGGCCGUGGUCACCGCAAUCCCCGCUCGGCCAGGGCUUCAUCGACCCCUUCUCCACGACCGCGCUGCCAAUGCACCGCUUCAUGGACUCGUGCUUCCACCAUCCAGGCGCAUUCCGAGCCAGCCAUCCAGCUGACCCUGCUUGUGUCCGCGGCAAACCACAAGACGGCCAUGUACGAGCUCAACAAUGCGCCCUCGCAGCAUCUGGAGCAGUCGAGGAGAGAGGUCCUGCGCUUGCGGGGCCACACGAUAAAGGCCUUGAACCGCAACCUUCACAAUCCGGGGUCUAUCACUGCGCCGACCAUCUUGAUUGUUGCCGCGCUGCGGGCGAUCGAGGUGUGUUUCCUUCACUUGAGCCCGGGCAUAUUCAAAUCUACAAACAGUUAACAAUUCCAGGCGAUCAGCUGCAAUCACGACAGCGCCGCCAUCCACACAAACGGCCUAAACGCAUUGAUCCGCCUGCACGGCGCCCUCGAGUCCCUGGACCACUUGACCCUCUUCCAAAUCUACUAGUACGCCUCAGCUGCUUCACUCCAUGGUCCAUCCCUAACAAUCGAACCCAGCUCCGACAUCAUGUACGCAGCGUUAACAAACCGCGCCCCAACCCGCCCCCUCGCCGCAAAAUGGCGGCGCGAGAUCCACCAGGAAGCGACGCUCUUCCUGGGGCACUCAAACUCAAGCAGCAACACAGUGGCCCAUUUAGCAUCGGCUUUCGCACCGGAAAUCGCAGCCCGGGUGUUGACGCUGGGGACGUCAUUCUUCGCCGCUCCGUGGUAUACUACUCUGGCGGAGAGCAUGAAGACCCUCCUGCGCGUCUCGCAGCGUCUAAUCCAGUACCAUGA